UUGACUAUCUUGAAUCAGCUGUUCAGAAUGGACGUACAGGUUGCUCCUCUACGCUCCUGGGAGGAUUUCUUCCCCGGCUUUGAGCGGUUUGCCCGGCCUGACUUUAAAGAUGUAUCUAAAUGGAACAACAGGGUCGUAAGCAACCUGCUCUACUAUCAAACGAACUACCUGCUUAUGGGUGCGGCUAUUAUCUCCCUGGUGGGAUUUUUAAGUCCACUUAACAUGGUGCUCGGUGCCACUGUUGUGAUUCUUAUCUUCCUGGGCUUCAUAUGGACCUCACAUAACAAGGAUUUUGUGCGCAAAUUUAAGAAGCAGUACCCCACCGUGUUCAUUCUCUCCAUUCUGUUAUCCAGCUACUUUGUCAUUUCAAUGUUUGGCGGUGUGAUGGUUUUUGUAUUUGGAAUCACUUUUCCGAUGUUGUUAAUGUUUAUUCAUGCUUCUCUGAGGCUUCGUAAUGUAAAGAACAAACUGGAAAAUAAGAUUGAGGGAAUUGGUCUGAAGAAAACGCCUAUGGGAAUUGUCCUUGAUGCCCUGGAACAGCAGGAAGAAAACUUUGCUAAAAUUGCCGGCCUAAUCACCAAAGGGAAGGAGUAAAGAUGGCCUCUUACAAGCCACAGCCCCACUCUGCUGCUGACCCACUGACGUGUUUCAUUCACUUAACUGGCAACAGAUGUCUGCCAUGUUUUUUCCGAUUAUUUGGACAGCCAAUUUGAAGAAAUGCUUUUACAUUGUUCUGUAAAAUUAUAAUAUUCCAAGUAGUUGUGGGUCUACUAUUGUUGGAACUGCACGAACAGUGGCCACUGACAAUGGGAAUUUGGUAACACUGAAUUAUCCCUAAUUCUGACUUAUUUUAUAGGUCAGCUACAACUCAACGUGACUCCCUAAAUUCUGUAAUUAAAGUUUUAGGAGUACUGUGCAUGUAAACAUAGUAUUCUGAGUAUUAUUAUUUUACCAUAUGAAGUGUUUAUUGGUUACACAAUGUUUACCCUGAUUUAGUUUAGAGAACAGACGCAGAUUGGGCACUUGGCUUGCUUUAGUUUAGAUAACAGAUGGAACACUUGACUUGCUUUAGUUUAGAGAACAGACGCAGACAGGACACUUGACUUGUUUAGAGAACAGAUGCAAAUGGGACACUUGGCUUGCUUUAGUUUAGAGAACAGAUGCAGGCGGGACACUUGGCUUGCUUUAGUUUAGAGAACAGACGCAAAUGGGACACUUGGCUUGCUUUAGUUUAGAGAACAGAUGCAGGCGGGACACUUGGCUUGCUUUAGUUUAGAGAACAGAUGCAGGCGGGACACCUGGCUUGCUUUAGUUUGGAGAACAGACGCAGAUGGGACACCUGGCUUGCUUUAGUUUGGAGAACAGACGCAGAUGGGACACCUGGCUUGCUUUAGUUUGGAGAACAGACGCAGAUGGGACACCUGGCUUGCUUUAGUUUGGAGAACAGGCGCAGAUGGGACACCUGGCUUGCUUUAGUUUGGAGAACAGACGCAGAUGGGACACCUGGCUUGCUUUAGUUUGGAGAACAGACGCAGAAGGGACACCUGGCUUGCUUUAGUUUGGAGAACAGACGCAGAUGGGACACCUGGCUUGCUUUAGUUUGGAGAACAGACGCAGAUGGGACACCUGGCUUGCUUUAGUUUGGAGAACAGACGUAGACGGGACACUUGGCUUGCUUUAGUUUAGAGAACAGACGCACACGGGACACUUGGCUUGCUUUAGUUUAGAGAACAGACGCACACGGGACACUUGGCUUGCUUUAGUUUAGAGAACAGACGCACACGGGACACUUGGCUUGCUUUAGUUUAGAGAACAGACGCACACGGGACACUUGGCUUGCUUUAGUUUAGAGAACAGACGCACACGGGACACUUGGCUUGCUUUAGUUUAGAGAACAGAUGCACACGGGACACUUGGCUUGCUUUAGUUUAGAGAACAGACGCACACGGGACACUUGGCUUGCUUUAGUUUAGAGAACAGACGCACACGGGACACUUGGCUUGCUUUAGUUUAGAGAACAGACGCACACGGGACACUUGGCUUGCUUUAGUUUAGAGAACAGACGCACACGGGACACUUGGCUUGCUUUAGUUUAGAGAACAGACGCACACGGGACACUUGGCUUGCUUUAGUUUAGAGAACAGACGCACACAGGACACUUGGCUUGCUUUAGUUUAGAGAACAGACGCACACGGGACACUUGGCUUGCUUUAGUUUAGAGAACAGACGCACACGACACUUGGCUUGCUUUAGUUUAGAGAACAGACGCACACGGGACACUUGGCUUGCUUUAGUUUAGAGAACAGACGCACACGGGAAACUUGGCUUGCUUUAGUUUAGAGAACAGACGCACACGGGACACUUGGCUUGCUUUAGUUUAGAGAACAGACGCACACGGGACACUUGGCUUGCUUUAGUUUAGAGAACAGGCGCACACGGGACACUUGGCUUGCUUUAGUUUAGAGAACAGGCGCACAUGGGACACUUGGCUUGCUUUAGUUUAGAGAACAGGCGCACACGGGACACUUGGCUUGCUUUAGUUUAGAGAACAGGCGCACACGGGACACUUGGCUUGCUUUAGUUGCUCAUUUACCCAAUGUUUAUGGAUUUGUUACACCUAGUUCCUUCCUCUAUUGAUUUAAUAUUUUAAUUAUACGUCCUAUGUCCACACUUAAAGGGACACUGAGCCCAAAAAAAUUAUUUUGUGAUUUAGAGAGCGCGUGCAGUUUUGGGCAACUUUCUGAUUUACUCCUGUUAUCACAUUUUCUUUAUUCUCUUGGGAUCUUUAUUUGAAAGGCAAGAAUGUACGUUUAAAUGCCUACCUAUGUUUGGUGAACAACCUGGGUUGUUCUUGCUGAUUGGUGGAUAAAUUCAUCCACCAUUGAACAAGUGCUGUCCAGGGUCUGAACCAAAAAUUGCUUGGCACCUUAGCUUAGAUGCCUUCUUUUUCAAAUAUAGAUAUCAAUUUUUCUUCGUUCUCUUGCUAGUGGAAGUGGGUUAGAGGGUUGCCUUGAAUUGCUGCUCUGUCUGAAUUGCGAAGGAAAAGAAUUGGGUUCAGUGUCCCUUUAACCAGCAACUUCAUUUUGAAGCUGGUUUAGACUUUUUGCACUCAAGUUUGUAGUCAAACCAUUAGGGCACUUACAUGUGCUGUAUAUUUGCACAAACGUUAAACCUCACUCCACAUCUCCGCUUCUGCUAUGCUUCUGGCUUGUAGUUCCAUAGGAAAGUUAUCUCAGUUUAUUCUUUUGCCUUCUAAUGUAACGAUAAUCAAUAUAGACCAGUGUGUCCAACCAUUAGGUGCCACACUAGAGUGUUCUUUCCAGUUGAGGGAACCAAUUGGGAAAUAGUACAAACACACCAAUACAUAUAAGGUGUUCUUAUAUAUAGAAAGAUCCUUCCAAUAGACAGCAUAUGAGCUGUGUUUUUUAUUUCAGUAACUGCUGCUUACUCCAGGCAGAAACAUUAAAGAAAAGCAUCCGUUAACAGAGCUUAGGUCAAUAAGACGUAUUCCUAGUACAGUAGUGGUUUUGGAAGUGGAGGUGAUAAAAGUAUAGGUUAGACACGGCUGUGCUAGAUUUGUCUACUGCUAAAGUAUUUUAUUCUAUUUUCUUUCUCUCUUGCAAUAUAAAAGUUAGAGACAUGAAACCCAAAAUGUUUUUAUUUGUAACCUGAGAAACUCUGAACUUAAAUCUAUUUGAAUUUAAAUAAUACAGCACUUCCUACAAAUAUUCAUUGGUUAAUAGCUACAUAUGUUUGCUCCUACCUAUAUGACCAUUAGGACGCACAACUGAUACUUCCGUAUGCUUUGAAUUUAAAACCGCUUGUACAAAACAAACCAAUAUGUUUACUUGCUGCUCUUCCAUAUAGAUAAUAUAGUUUCCUAGUAUAAUGUCCAUUUAAUUUUAGAAAUAAAUUACUAACUUAGAUAAGGCACAUGACGCCUUCAUUUGUUGCAUGCUUAUGAAUUUGCUUUCAUUUGAAGUUUCAGUAUAAUGGACACAAAACAAAUCAUUUUAGCACUAGCAAACCUGCUACUCACAAAGAAGCUAAACUCAUAACGAAAGGGACACUCAAGGCAAAAUGAAACUUUCAUGAUUCAGAUAGAGCAGCAAUUUUAAACAACUUUAUAAUUUUGCUUCUAUUAACAAAAUGUGCUCAGUCUUUUUAUAUUUAUACCUUGAGUCACCAGCUCCUACUGAGCAUGUGCGAGAAUUCACAGAAUAUAUGUAAAUGCAUUUGUGAUUGGCUGAUGGAUGUCACAUGAUACAGGGGGAGAGGAAAUAGACAUAACUGAAAUUUGUCAGAAAAAAAUCUACUCAUUUGAAGUUCAGACUAUGCUAUUGCAUUGUCUUGUUAUUGUACAUUUGUUUAUUAUGCAAAUCUACUGUAUUUACUGCUUGAGAUUCUCAGAGAACCUCUAGUUCAGAGCGGAACCUCAAGACCCAGCUGUCUGACUACUGCUGCUAAAUGGGUCAGCAGCAGUUUUGCUCAGGACCAUCAGGGGUUAAACACAUAGUUGCAGGGUUGCUAGUGCUAAAAUUACACACAUGAAGUAAUUCAAUCAAAUGAUUUCUUCCUCUAAUGAACCCUUUAAGAUUGUUAAUAUCAGUAAAAUAUAUUAUUUUAGUAUUAAGUUUAUUUUUUAUGAUGUAUCAAAGCUUUACUAUUCCUUUAGUUUAUCUAGGGGAAAAAAUCUAAAGUGUAAAUGUAAAGAUAUGAUGUUUGCACUUGCUGUUCUAUUUAUUUGUUAUAUUUUUAUUGGAUGUAUUAAAAUGCUUCGCUUCCCUCUA